AUGGCCACCCAGUCAGAGAGAUCGCUGGCAGCAGAGACCCCGACGCAGGAAACUUUUCCUGAGCCCCUCAGUCCACGAGAAGCCCGGCCUUCUACCAGCACAGGCCCGAUACGAGCGCCCCUCAGCCCAUCAGGACGCAGCUUAAGAAGCGGCACGCCCGGCACGCCGCGUCCGGGCAGCACGGCAGGCUCCACACGAAGAAAGGCCGCAACCCUCGGCGCAGACCAGCUCACUCGCCCGGGCACUUCUGCCGGCGUGUCCCUACCGGCAGUGAAGUCCAGGAAUGCCGCGCAAACCAUCGCUGUGAUGGAGACUGGCGAUCUUCUUGCUGGAGAGGACAAGCUCGAGAACAAACGGCGGUUUUCCUUUGCAGAAGACUCCUUGGACCAAGUGGCGACGGCCAUACGCGAGGAGAAGCCAGAGUUGGACUGGCUGCAGGACUGCUGGAAGAAGGUCUUAGUUGGCACGCCCGCCUCGGAAUGCAAGACGCUCCUCAUGCGCUCCCUGCACACCUGGGUGGAAGUGUACAACCGCUGGCAGGCCUUGGGCGGCUGGGUGCCAGGCCAAGCCCCGACAUAUCUGGACGCGUAUGAGUUCCAGGAGGCCGUGGGCGUGCCGAUGAUGAAGGCCCUGGAGUGGGUGAAGCUCUUCGACCCCGGUGCCCAUGCCAAGCUGCAGCAGACACGCGCGGCCGCCGAGUAUCGGAAGGUCAAGGUUUCCAUGCCUUCCUUCUUCACUGCGGCUGUCUUCCUGUCAAGUUCGAUCUCCAAGAGGCAGAAGAUUCGCUUCCUCCUGGGUGUCUUUGACGAGAACGACAGUCGGACGUUUGAGGUUUCGGAGUUCACGGCGAUGAUCGCGUCUUUCUUCCACGGCAUCGCAUGCGCCUUCAACCUUCAGAGCAGCUUGCCGAAGGAUGCGCGGAGACAGAACCUCUACAAGCAGCUCUUUGAGAGGAUUGUCGAGUCAGCGAAGACGCGGUCGACAUCGGAGGAAGUCCACUCGAUGCUCUCACAGGGCUCCGUGCAGUUCCCGGCCAUUGAGGACUGGUUUCUGGGACUCUCCGGGGAUCCCCUCUCAGCUCCUUUCGCCCUUUUCCUGGAGCGCUUCUCCGUCAGAGGCCUGGACGAUGACCCGGAGGUUUUUGAGGACGAGGAGAGAAAGUUCCGCCUCUCUCACAGCGCUCCGGUGAACCCUCCGAUGGAGACGGCCGCAUCCCUGGACUCGAGUUUUUUGCGGCGAAGCCAGAUGAAGGUGGUCCGGGAUCUCUUCUACCACUGCUCAUCCACGCGCCACUUUGCCAUAAGCCACGCCGAGGCCGAGCAGGUGGUGAGGACGUCGAUUGAGCCAGAGUUUUGGAUCAAGAUGCUGUCCAGGUCCCUGGAAGAUCUGGAGGCAAUGAGGCAGGAUGGUGUGAAGUUCAACAUCGGCGUCUUUUUUAAGAAGCUGUGCCCCCGGGCGACCUCGCGCCACCUUCGUAUGUUUCAGACGUGGCUGAAAGAGCUCGAGCAGCUCGAGGGCUUGGGGGCCUCGGUUGAGGAGACCCAGCGGCUUCUGGACUCGUUCCAGUACACGCUCUCUCGCCCUGUCUUACCCGCGGCCAUCCGGCAGGAGCUCAUGGCCGAUUAUGGGAACGCAGAGAUGAGGGAGAUGGCCGCCAGGAAGAUGUCCAUUUUGGACACCUUCGACGAAGGCGUCAUGAUGUCUAAAGAUGAUUUCAUCUUCGCCAUCUGCCCGAAGGAGUAUCGGCCGAAGGUCGGCAACCCCAUUGUAGAGAAAGUGGUGCGCCAGUUUUUGACGAUGGAGCUGGCCAGACUUGAAGAGCUGCACUCGCAGAAGAAGAUGCUCUUUGUCGGCCAAGCACAAUCAAGUCGUCGCCCCCCACUGAAAUCUUUCCUUAAGCAGGAGGUUCCUGAGUCUACCUGGACCCUCUGGAACCAAGCCUUUGACCUUCUCGAUGUGGAUGGCAAGGACCUCCUCACGAUGAAGAAGCUCGUCUCCUCUAACCAGGUCCCUUUGGAUGUUUGCCGCUUCCUGCGCAAGGCCAUUGUGGAUGACACCGUUGGUGAGGAGGGCGGCUUUUCAAAAGCGGCCUUCCUCCGCAAGAUGGUUGAGAUCUGUGGCUUUCGGUGCAGGGCGUUCUCCUAA